UUGUGCUAUCGUUGAAUCCCUUUAAGUUUUGUAUACCACACCACAAUUAUUUUAACGUAGACAAUAUUGAAAUACAAAUCGCAUUAAGUUAAAUGUGAUUUUAAACAACUCAAUGUAUCAGUUAAUGCGACACAGCGAUAAACUUUGUGAACGUUUAUCUUAAGCGGAAGUAAAUUGGUUGAUUAUAGCGGGAAUACCAUGUAACUAGGAAGUAUAAACAACGAGCGUUGCUAUUAUUGAUAUGAGGGAUAUUUCUCAUCUUCUUAACAUGAGAAUGAUCUUAUAACUGAACGUCACGACAAAGCAUCGUUGUUGAAGUCAUGUCGUCGAAGUCGACGAAAGGGAGUGCGAAACCAGCAGGGAAAGGAAAGGAAAGCAAAGUUAUAAAGAAAUCCUCUGGCCCGUCACUGGACAAACUACAAAAAGAGAAUGAAGACUUGCGAAAACAGCUGCGAGUCGCUUCUGGACAAUUGGCGUACCUGAGGGAAAACUUGGACCCGUCAGCUUUCAGAAAAGCAGCUGGAAUCACAUCGAUGGAUGGAAACCAUAUUUACGAUGAUGCCUUGAAAAGCGCUGAAGAAAUGAUCAAUAAGCAAAAAUGUGAGCUGGAAGAGUUGCAGAGAAACAAACAAAGUCAGGUAAAAGAGAUGGACGGGAAAACAAGAAACGAAAAGGACGUUUCAAAAGACGGGGGAAAUGCUACAUUGAAAGCAGAAAUAGAAAAGUUAAAAGAACAAAUUAAAGAGCUAACGACACAAUUGUCAGAGGCAGAAAGAAAUAACAGGCCUGUCAAAGGUACUGCACCAGCUGUACCAGUUUCUUCAACUCAGAAACGAAAAGAUGUAGAUGUACAAAAAGAAAAAUCGACAUUAAGUGAUGAAAUCAAACGACUCAAAGACGAAAACGAAAAAAUAACAAAAGACGCGAAAUUGGAUUUGGAACAGACGAAACAAAAACUUAGCAUUUCACUGGACGAAGAAAAGAGGUUAAAUGAUGAAAUCAAACGGCUCAAAGACGAAAACGAAAAAAUAACAAAAGACGCGAAAUUGGAUUUGGAACAGACGAAACAAAAACUUAGCAUUUCACUGGAGGAAGAAAAGAGGUUAAAGAAACGAGUUGACGAAAAUCACGCUAAAGCCGAUCGAAAUAAUACAAAUGCCAGUCAAUCUUCAUCAUCAGAAAGCAACAAGAUCAAAAACUUAGAGAAAGAGAUAGACCGACUGCAAGAUGGUAUGAAUAAACUACAAAGUGAGAAAAACAACGUCGCACAAGCAAAAUCUACUUGGGAAAGGAAAUAUGACGAAACGUUAAAGAAACACCAAGCAGAGAUGGAUAAAUUACAAAAAGAAAAUGAUGCAACUCUGGACAAAAAAGAUAAGAAGUAUGACGAAACGUUAAAGAAACACCAUGAAGAGAUGGAAAAAUUACGAAAAGAAAAUGAUGCAACUCUGGACAAAAGAGAUAAGAAGUAUGACGAAACGUUAAAGAAACACCAUGAAGAGAUGGAGAAAUUACGAAAUGAAAAUGAUGCAACUCUGAACAAAAGAGAUAAGGAGAAAGAGACCCUAACAAAGCAGCUGGCAAAAGUGCAGGGAGAGAACAAAGACAUCCUCCGAAAGAAAGAAGGUGAAAUCAGCAAACUGCAAGAUGAGAAGAAAGAUCUUGAGAAGGAAAUCAGCCAAAUGAAAAAAGAUCUAGAAAAAAAGAAAGCGAGUCCAGCCCGAAGAGAUCAAACACACGAUGAAGGCAAUGAGGAAUUCCGGAAGAAACUGAAAGAUGCCCAAGAAGAGAUAACAGAGCUUAGAAACAGACUAAGCAAGGUUGUAGGUGCUAAACUAUCGGAUGAUAAUCCAAACAUCACCGACCUUAGUGACGAGAACAGGCCGACAAAACUUGCAGAGAAAUAUUCUGAAUUGUAUGACAACGAAUGGACAGAUGCCUAUGAAGAUGCAGAGGUAGAAGGGCUUGAUGAAGGGAAAGCCAUUGCAAAACUGUUAGGAAUACUUAUGGACGUCGACUGUUAUUGCAGAUUAAUGGCCAACGAUUUUAAAAACAAUAUAAAGAGAGCAGCAUUGAGUUUAAUUGAAAACGGUAGCAACGUGAAAGAAACAAAGGUUGACGUCACACGAAACAAGCUACUAAAAGAAAUGCAGAAAAGCUUUGCCCCACUUCUCGUUGAGGACGUGUACAAGAAUCUGGUCCAGAAAAAUAAGCUGAAACUCCCAAAGAACACAGAGCGCUUUUACAGAAGUUGCGUGGAAUUGUGUUGGUUAAUGAGUGUCCAGGAUCCGCCCGUUGUUUUUGACACACCGAAGACAGGCGGGAAGUUUGACUCAGACAGAUAUAGAACAUACACAAAGACGGGGAAUCAACUGGACUAUGUUGUUUGGCCUCCUAUGUUGCUUCACGCAGGUGGUCCUUUGUUGGCCAAGGGUGUAGCGCAAGGCAAAUAGAGUGGAAAUGAUCGAUUGUAGCUUAACAUUCUUAAAUUGUGCUUAAUAUAUGCUAUUUUAGUUGAAGUGGUUAUACUGUACACAUUACAUCACAACUUAUUAUAAAUAAAUCCCACGUUCAUUGUUUACCAAAAUGGCAAUUGCAUGCUUAAGUAUACGUUCAUUCCUUUCCAUUCGCCCUUAAAAACUGAUACAUAUACUGGAAAUGAAAUGUAAAACAAAUCUUGUAUGAACUAAGUAGUCACCAAACUCAGAAGGUUUCUGUUAAACAGUAGCAGCAGCAGCAACAACAGCAGCAGCAGAAGCAGCAGGAUGAGACCCUUUUCUAUUAGUUCAAAUUAAAACCAUGACACUAGGAGCGUCAGGGCACUUUUCAUCGACUAAAUGUGGAUAUAAACUAGAAUAGUUAUGUUGAUAUUGUUGCACCAAAACAGUUAGUCCUAUUUCGUAUGAAUAAUAAAAUAAAAACUUCAGGGUAAAGACGCGUA